CCGCAGCCCUCCCUCCGCGGGACCAGGCGCACGGGGAUCCGCGAAAUCCCCGUCACCGGCGGCACUCAGAGCCGUCUUAAUCCAUCCUGCGCGGGUUGCGAGCCUUCUGCGAGAAAAGGCUUUGUGAGCGAGUGGGUGAGAGCCGGAGCCCAAGCACGGGCACUGCGGGCCCAGGCUUUAGGGGAGGCCCCCUGGGAACCCGUAGGCCCAGGGCCCCUCCCUGUGGGGCGCUCCUGGCCUCAGGCAUUCGGCCCCCCACUCAACGCACACCCCUGCCAGGAUACGGUCUCCACAUCCAGACCCACUUUGGGACACACCCGGAGACACACACAGACUCACACUGGCUUGUGUCCCGUCACCCUCGCCCUCAGACACUCACACACUGCGUCCCAGAUGCACGUUCGCACACCACCGCGGCGCGCGCACAUUCCAUCCCGACGCACACACAUUCUGGUCCUCUCAUUCCCCGUGGAGCCAGCAGAAGGGCAUGCACGCGGGCACGAGGGGGUAGGGGACGUUCUCAGUGAGCUUGUGUCCCCAUCCAGGCAGGACACCUCCGGGUGUCAUUCUGGAAAGGGCAGGGCCAGGGCACCCCUGGGCCACAAGCUUGCCUAAGGUGCCUGCACAGGUGAGAGACUACCUAGAGCCUUCUGGGGUCCCUGAUAGCUCUGCCAGACUGUGGGUGGCGUGGAGCUUUGUUCCCAACCAUAGAGCAACAGGCGAAAGUGGGGGGUGGGGUGGGUGUUGUGCAUGUGUUUUCUCCUUUAAGGGAGAAGAAAUUAAAUAAAAGAUUCUCACACCUCGGCAAUAUGUUUCUACUUACCGUGUGUCUUAGCACCUGACUGCCAGGCUGGUGGGUCGUAAAGUGUCUGCAGGUACCUGUGGGAUGAGAGGUGGGAUCCCCCCGCAGGGACCCUGGGAUUGAGGCCACCCUCCUGCUCGGCUUUCAGAGAAUCUCACACUUUUCCCUUUUAAAACACAUGGUGUUCCUUUUUAAUAACAGCAGUGGCUCCAGAUUGGGAAAGGGAAAAGAAAAUCUUGUAAAGGCCCCAGCUCCUCAGGAAAGGAGGGGCAGCAGGCGCAGAGGGGGCAGACCCCAGCCUAGGGAUUUGCUUAGGGGCGUCUUCUAGGAGCCCCUCCAAGCCAGGCCAAGCUCCCUUCAGGCUCAGCAGCUUGUUCCCAGUUGCUGCUUCCCCAGCGCCUGUCUCAUUGUUCGCCAGAACCUAGAGACAGGGAAGGCACCGGGACCUGGAGCUGGGCAGGAUAACACGGCUGUGAUCACACCCCAGGACCCCACACUCCUCAUCGGUUCUUCCCUGCAAGCCACAUGCUCAGUGCAUGGGGACCCGCCUGGGGCCACCGCCGAGGGACUCUACUGGACCCUCAACGGGCGCCGCUUGCCUGCGGAGCUCUCACGGAUGUUGAAUGCCUCCACACUGGCCCUGGUCCUGGCCAACCUCAACGGGUCCAGGCAGCAGUCCGGGGACAAUCUCGUGUGCCAUGCCCGCGACGGCAGCAUCCUGGCCGGCUCCUGCCUCUAUGUGGGCUUGCCCCCCGAGAAGCCCUUUAACAUCAGCUGCUGGUCCAAGAACAUGAAGGACCUCACGUGCCGCUGGACACCGGGGGCCCAUGGCGAGACCUUCCUGCACACCAACUACUCCCUCAAGUACAAGCUGAGGUGGUACGGGCAGGACAACACAUGUGAGGAGCACCACGCUGUGGGGCCACACUCCUGCCACAUCCCCAAGGACCUGGCUCUUUUCACGCCCUAUGAGAUCUGGGUGGAGGCCACCAACCGCCUGGGCUCAGCCCGAUCCGAUGUGCUCACACUGGACAUCCUGGAUGUGGUGACCACGGACCCUCCACCAGAUGUCCAUGUGAGCCGUGUGGGGGGCCUGGAGGAUCAGCUGAGCGUGCGCUGGGUGUCGCCACCGGCUCUCAAGGAUUUCCUCUUCCAAGCCAAGUACCAGAUCCGCUACCGCGUGGAGGACAGCGUGGACUGGAAGGUGGUGGAUGACGUCAGCAACCAGACCUCGUGCCGCCUGGCUGGCUUGAAGCCGGGCACUGUCUACUUCGUACAAGUGCGCUGCAACCCCUUUGGCAUCUACGGUUCCAAGAAAGCUGGGAUCUGGAGUGAGUGGAGCCAUCCUACAGCCGCGUCCACCCCCCGAAGUGAGCGCCCGGGCCCGGGCGGCGGGGCGUGCGAGCCGCGGGGCGGAGAGCCGAGCUCGGGCCCCGUGCGGCGCGAGCUCAAGCAGUUCCUGGGCUGGCUCAAGAAGCACGCGUACUGCUCGAAUCUCAGCUUCCGCCUCUACGACCAGUGGCGGGCCUGGAUGCAGAAGUCGCACAAGACCCGCAACCAGCACAGGACGAGGGGAUCCUGCCCUCGGGCAGACGGGGUGCGGCGAGAGGUUCUGCCAGAUAAGCUGUAGUGACCAGGGCCACCCUCCCUGCUACACAAGACCCAGAGACCAGGCCAAAUUGUACCCUCGCUUCAGGGCAUCCAAGCACCAUUGGCAGCUGGGAGACAGCUCUGGGGGCCGUGAGGGCCCCACCCGUGCGUGUACUCUAGCGUGCAGAGGGGAUGGCCGAGCUGCUGCAAACCCUGCGGGGACUCAGGGUCAGAGGGCCCAUUGCUCGCCCAGCCUGGGGCCCCUCAAGUCUUUUAAAUAAAUGAGCU